GCGAGCACCCCCGAUUUUAGGGCGUGCCUGAACCGGCAGACUUCUAAACCCCAGGCUUUGCAAAAACGAGUGGUCUUCUCCGCGGGUCCGAGUUGCGAGCAUGGCCCUGCUCCGAGAUAGCCUAGAGAUUGAUCCAAGGAACACAGCCAGCCAUCUACUAAGCAGCAUCCACGGCUUUUUUUUGGUGAUACUGUCUUGCUAAUUAGCUCAGGCAGAACUGUUACUUCUGAUUCUCCUGCCUCAGUCUCCGUAGGUGCAGGGAUUAUGGGUGUGUUUGUUGUUGCUGCCAAGCGAACGCCCUUCGGAGCUUAUGGAGGUCUCCUGAAAGACUACAGUGCCAUUGAUUUGAAUGAGUUUGCUGCCAAGGCUGCUCUGUCUGCUGGCAAAGUCCCACCUGAAACUAUUGACAGUGUCAUUGUAGGCAAUGUCAUGCAGACUUCUUCAGAUGCUAUAUACAUGGCAAGGCAUGUUGGUUUACGAGUGGGAGUCCGAAAAGAAACCCCGGCACUCACUGUUAAUAGGCUCUGUGGCUCUGGCUUCCAGUCCAUUGUGAACGGAUGUCAGGAAAUUUGUGUUAAAGAUGCUGAAGUCGUCUUGUGUGGAGGAACUGAAAGCAUGAGCCAGGCGCCUUUCUGUGUCAGAAACGUACGCUUUGGAACCAGAUUCGGAUUCGAUCUCAAGCUGGAAGAUACUCUGUGGGAAGGAUUAACAGAUCCACAUGUUAAACUCACCAUGGCACUUACUGCAGAAAAUCUUGCAGUACAACAUAAAAUCAGCAGAGAAGAUUGUGACAAAUAUGCCCUGCAGUCACAGCAGAGAUGGAAAGCUGCUAAUGAUGCUGGCCACUUUAAUGAAGAAAUGGCGCCCAUUGAAGUGAAGACAAAGAAAGGAAAACAGAUGAUGCAGGUGGAUGAGCAUGCUCGGCCCCAGACCACCAUGGAGCAGUUACAGAAACUUCCUCCAGUGUUCAAGAAGGAAGGGACAGUCACCGCGGGGAAUGCAUCGGGCGUAUCAGAUGGUGCUGGAGCUAUUAUCAUAGCUAGUGAAGAUGCUGUUAAAAAACAUAACUUCACACCACUGGCAAGAAUCGUGGGCUACUUUGUGUCUGGAUGUGAUCCAUCUAUCAUGGGUAUUGGUCCUGUUCCUGCCAUCAGUGGGGCACUAAAGAAAACAGGACUGAGUCUCAAGGACAUGGAUUUGGUAGAGGUGAAUGAAGCUUUUGCUCCUCAGUACUUGGCUGUUCAGAAGAGUUUGGAUCUUGAUCCAAGUAAGACCAAUGUGAAUGGAGGAGCCAUUGCUUUGGGUCACCCGUUGGGAGGAUCUGGAACAAGAAUUACUGCACACCUCGUUCAUGAAUUAAGGCGUCGAGGUGGAAAAUACGCUGUUGGUUCAGCUUGCAUCGGAGGCGGCCAAGGCAUCGCAGUCAUCGUGCAGAACGUGGCCUGAGAGAACCAGGAGCCUGCUGUGUGCCUCUCACUUCUCAUGGCUGUGGUGCAAUAGGUGACCUUCAUGGUAGCUGCCACACUGCCCUGCCUGCCCCUAAACAGCGACUGAGUUUGAGCCAGGCUUGAUGACGGAAAAAUGCAAUUUAUCAUGAGUGGAAUGCUGUGCCAGAGGAGGGUCUCUCACAUUUGUGCCUAAAUGCGAGUCUAACAUGAUGCAUUUCUGAAUGAAGGUCCAACUGCAAAAGCCCUCAUGAGAAAUGGUGUCAUACCAAAUAACACCACUUAUACCUUAGAUGAUAUGAUUACCAGGAAAGAAAAUAAAGGUUGCCUUAAUUUUGA